AUGUACUCCUUACUCACCGAAACUCUUAUCGCCCCUCGUCCUCGUAAACAUCUUGGCGUGUUCUUCUUUCCUCGCGGCGAUAAUCAGUUUGCACAUAACGGUCUGACCUCCUCUGUUUCAACACCUCUUGAAAUGAAGACGCAUGUUAUGAAGAAUGGUUACUUUCAUCAAGACGUUUCGACGCACAAAAUUGACGAGUUCGGUUGGACCGAGUUCGAGAUGGAUUUUUCCGACUGGUUCAAUUACGAAGAUCGAAACGAUGUGUGCGCAGGCCUUAAAGUCGAAGAAGAUUUAAAGACGGAUUCCUACCACACGAUAUGUCAAACCCGCUGUAACAAUGAAAGUCAAAAUGUAAAUAACGAUGUUACUAUUACUUCAGAUUCAUCUUUGAGGAAGGAUCAUAUCGAAAAUGAGUACAUUGACCUAGUUCAAAAAAAAUGCUCAGAAAAACCACGUUCGCCGAGAUCAAAGAAAAACAAUGAUGGAAGAGUUGAGCGUCUGAAUAAUCUUGACAAUUCCGAUUGCCAAAAGAAUGAUAUCUUGUUCCCCUUGCAACGUGAGCUGACGGUUUCUCCCAUUUCACGCGCGCAAAAUCCCGUCCCUCAAAAUUCCUCAUUCUUGGAACGUAAGAAAUCGUUUUCCGAAACCUCUCAGCAUCACACUCCCAUCCUCGAUUCGGAUCCCUUGGUCAUUCGCAAGAAGAAUAAUAUGUCACCUUUCCUGUUUCCACUUGGAUUUGUUGGAACAAAGAGACACGUCAACAGCAUUUGA